UCCUGAACUGCGCAUGCGUACGGUCUGAAACCUCCUUGGUGAGCCGCUGUCCAAAGAGUUGCCGGUCCAACAUGGAGAGGAAAGUGCUUGCUCUUCAGGCGAGGAAGAAACGAACCAGGGCGAAAAAAAUCAACAAAAAGCCUGACCCCCACCCGCGGGGGACGUCCCAGCUGCAGGAUUCCUCCCAGCACCACGACGAGGAGAUCCUGGGGUCCGACGACGAGGAGCAGGAGGACCCCAACGACUACUGCAAGGGUGGGUAUCACCAUGUGAAGAUCGGAGACCUGUUCAACGGGAGGUACCAUGUGAUCCGCAAACUGGGCUGGGGCCACUUCUCCACCGUCUGGCUGGCCUGGGACGUCCAGGGGAAGCGCUUCGUGGCCAUGAAGGUGGUGAAGAGCGCCGAGCACUACACAGAGACGGCGCUGGACGAGAUCAAGCUGCUGAGAUCGGUGAGGAACACGGACCCCGGGGACCCCAGCCGGGAGAAGGUGGUCCAGCUGCUGGACGACUUCAAGAUCUCCGGCGUGAACGGAACCCACGUGUGCAUGGUGUUUGAAGUCCUGGGACACCACCUGCUCAAGUGGAUCAUCAAGUCCAAUUACCAGGGCCUCCCGCUGCCCUGUGUGAAGAGCAUUAUUCGGCAGGUUCUGCAGGGCCUGGACUACCUGCACUCGCGGUGCAAGAUCAUCCACACGGACAUCAAGCCCGAGAACAUCCUGCUGAGCGUGAACGAGCCGUACGUCCGGAGGCUGGCAGCAGAGGCGACAGAGUGGCAGAGGACUGGAGCUCCGCCCCCCUCCGGCUCUGCAGUGAGCACCGCGCCAGUGGCCAAACCGGCAGUGAAGAUGUCGAAGAAUAAGAAGAAGAAGCUGAAGAAGAAGCAGAAGAAGAAGGCGGAGCUUCUGGAGCGGCGCAUCCAGGAGCUGGAGGAGCUGGAGCGGGGGCCGGAGGCGGGGGACGAGGAAGAGGAGGAUGAAGGGGACACGCCCAACGGGCCCCCCAGUGCCCCCCCCAGGCAGGAGAUCGCUUUCGAGAACACAGCGGACGGCAGUGCGGAGAGCUGGACGCAGGAAGCUCUCAUCGAGAUGAACUGCAUCGACCACGCCCCGCCCGGGGAGCGGCUCGCCGAGGUCCGGCUGGCCGAGGGGACGGAGGAGGAGGAGGACCGGCGCAGCGCCAGCGGCUGCCUGCAGGGGGAGCUGCUGCUCAGCGCGGCGUACCAGGCCUGCGACGGCUCGGCGGCGAGCCACGGCGACCACCCCACCCCCGGCGACGGAGACGCCAAGAUGGCGGCCGGCGGGCUGCUGGUGAACCCUCUGGAGCCGCUGAACGCCAAGAAGAUCGUGGUGAAGAUCGCGGACCUGGGGAACGCCUGCUGGGUGCACAAGCACUUCACUGAUGACAUCCAGACGCGGCAGUACCGGACGCUGGAGGUCCUAAUCGGGGCGGGGUACGGCACGCCCGCGGACAUCUGGAGCACCGCCUGCAUGGCGUUCGAGCUGGCGACCGGAGACUACCUGUUCGAGCCGCACUCUGGAGAAGAUUACUCGCGAGACGAAGACCACAUUGCUUUGAUCAUUGAGCUCCUGGGGAAAGUUCCUCGAAAGAUGAUUAUGGCUGGAAAAUAUUCCAAGGAGUUUUUCACCAAGAAAGGUGACCUGAGGCACAUCAGUAGGCUGAAGCCGUGGGGGCUGCAGGAGGUGCUGCAGGAGAAGUAUGAGUGGCAGAAGGAGGACGCGCAGAUGUUUGCAGACUUCCUGCUGCCCAUGCUGGACCUCGUCCCGGAGAAGAGGGCCACCGCCGCCGAGUGCCUGCGGCACGCCUGGAUCGCCUCCUAGUGGCGCCCUCCGGAAUUACAGACCGUCCCAUACAUGCAUGCACGUACACACAAACGCACGCACACACACGCAUAUGCGCACACACGCGCACACAUAUGCAUACGUGCACACACACACACAUACACACAUAAAUAGACCCAUACACACACACACACACAUAAAUAGACCCAUACACACACACACACACAUAAAUAGACCCAUACACACACUCUCUCACACACACACACACGCGCUGCCGUGUCACGCCUGGUGAUCCCGCCCCCAUCGUGAGCAGACGCUGCCAUCGGCUCGCCCUGCAGAGGGCGCUGUCCUGUCUAGCGUGACGCUGUAUAUUUAUUCCUGUGUUCUGUCUUUUAUUUUGAACUAACUGGACAUUACUUGAGUAUCCUGCCUGUUUUUUUGUUUCCUUCCUUUGUUUGUUGAGGAUUAGCCUUGUAACCCCCCCUACCCCCACUCCCUCCCCCCCCGCGAAAACAAACACCCACAGUCUAGUGAGCGCUUUCUUUAUGACCCUCCGGCAUGGCUUUCGCCCAUUAAACGCCCGCUGGUGUGGAGUGUGUUUCCUGCGGCUGACUGCGGCUCGGGGCCGAGGACACGCUGACUGCGGCUCGGGGCCGAGGACGCGCUGACAUGCGGCACCGUGGCUGUUUCACGCCACGCCAGGAGCCUUUUGUGAGGGACUUGUGAUUAUUUUGCCUUUUUUUUGAGGAUCUGAAGUCUCCUGUGGAAACCUGCGUUGUUCUGAAGCCCAGCAGGAGGUCAGAAACGACGGACAGGCCGUGAAGGAGCUGAAAACAAGGCCGGUACUUUUCUAUGAAGAGGGUUUUCUUUAAUGGGACUGAUUUAAGAGGACCAAAAUGGUGGCUGCUGCGCUCUGCCUCUCUAAGAAAAAUCUGUUAUUUUGUCUCUAUCUUGUAUCGCUUCUUGAAAUCUUUCCGAGGAAUCAGCCAAACAUUUUGUGGAACUACAAGAUGAUUGUUUUUAGUGCUGCAUUUCAAAAGAUUGUUUUGUUUGUUUUUUUUGUUUAGUUUGUUUUUCCAUGAAAGGCAUCUUAAGAGCUGCUUUUAAGUGAAAUGCUUUUGUCCUUUAGGGUGCGAGAAUAACGUUCUGAGCUUUUGACACAAUUCAAAAAAAUAUCACAAACGCGAACGGACAUGGACAAAAAAGAUCUGGAUAAAUGCGGUGAUCUGUGUGUAUUUGCACUUGUACCAGUGUUGGCCUUCUGCAUGUCACAUGCACCUGUGUUACAGCUUCUCAGAAGCCCUGAUAUCGGUCUGUUGGAGCUGAAGUGUUCUGGAUGGAUGUUUAUACUGCUAAUUUGCCGAUGCGUGGAUGUGUGUCUGCGAGCUCUCCUGUAGUUCAGCUGGCUGCGUUUUAAAGAGACGCUUUUCAUUCCGCGGUUUCUGCUUCUGCUUUGGACGCUGAAGAAAGGUUUUAUGAGGAGCAGAACGUUAUGACUGAAGGACGCUUGCUUUCUGCUUGAUAGUUUCAAAGAGGCCCUCUCCUCUCUUUCUUUCUCUCUCUCUCGUUCUCUCUUCUGUCUCUUCAUUUGAUUGUUCAUUGCUAAAUUUAAAGAAAACAAAUUUUUUCGCUAGUUGCUAAAAAAAAUUAAAAUAAAGACUUUUCAAAAGAGAA